UCCAUUCCCUUAUCGCUUUCCCUCUCUGUCUUAAAUCUUUUUGUCAUACUUUCUUUCUUGCUUCUUUUUCUGACACCGCGAGAGACCAAGUGCGCGACCAUGGCAACGCUUUCACUUUUUCUCUCUCUCUCCCUCCUCAUCUCCGCUUUUAACUUUGCAGAACCUCAAUCAUUUAUCGGUGUAAACUAUGGCCAAGCCGCGGACAACCUUCCACCCCCGGCGGCGACCGUGAACCUCCUCAAGUCCACGACUAUUGGAAAAGUCCGGCUCUACGGUGCCGACGGUGCCAUCAUCAAGGCCCUUGCUGGCACAGGCAUCGAAAUCGUUAUCGGUGCUGCCAACAGCGAGAUUCCGGCGCUGGCCUCCGACCUGAACUCGGCGACUGCAUGGGUGAACUCGAACGUGGUCCCCUACUACCCCGCCAGCAACAUCACGCUCAUCACCGUUGGCAACGAGGUCUUGAUGACCAUGGAUCAGGGCUUGAUCUCUCAGCUCCUUCCGGCCAUGAGGAAUGUCCAAAAUGCCCUCAAUUGGGCCUUUCUCGGAGGCAAGGUCCGGGUCUCCACGGUCCACUCCAUGGCCGUGUUGAGCCAGUCCUACCCACCCUCCUCUGGAUUGUUCAAUCCGGUGUUCCAGGACCCGCUCCGAGGCUUGUUGGAGUUCCAGAAGGACAAUGGCUCGCCCUUCACCGUCAAUCCCUAUCCUUUCUUUGCAUACCAAAGCGAUCCCAGGCCCGAAAUGCUCGCGUUUUGCCUGUUCCAGCCCAACUCCGGCCAUGUCGACUCGGGAAACGGAAUCAUGUACAUGAACAUGUUUGACGCUCAGGUGGAUGCUGUACGAUCUGCCCUGAAUGCAAUGGGAUUUAGAGAUGUUGAGAUUAUGAUUGCUGAGACGGGCUGGCCGUACCAUGGGGACAACAAUGAAGUUGGCCCUAGUAUUGAGAAUGCAAGGGCCUAUAAUGGGAAUUUGAUUGCACACCUUAGAUCAAUGGUUGGGACACCUCUAAUGCCUGGAAAAUCCGUGGAUACAUAUAUCUUUGCCUUGUAUGAUGAGAAUUUGAAAUCUGGACCAGCCUCUGAACGUGCAUUUGGGCUUUUCAAGCCUGACCUUAGCAUGAUUUAUGAUGUCGGUCUUUCAAAGGCUGGCCUGACUCCAUCCACUACAACUCCUGCCAACCCAUCUCCCAAACCAACUGCAGCAAGCUGGUGUGUUCCUAAGGUUGGCGUUUCUGAUGCUCAAUUGCAGGCAGAUCUUGACUAUGCUUGUGGCCAAGGCAUUGAUUGCGGCCCGAUCCAACCAGGAGGCGCCUGCUUUGAACCAAACACUGUAUCAUCACAUGCUGCCUUUGCCAUGAAUCUCUAUUUCCAAACCUCUGCAAAGAAUCCAGGGGACUGUGAUUUCUCUCAAACCGCAACCCUCACAUCCAUAAAUCCUAGUUACAAUGCUUGCAUUUAUCCAGGUGGGAGUACCUGAGAGGCUGCGUAAUCCCAUUAGAUGUCAAAGAAGAAAUUAAUGAUUAAAUAAAUAAUAAGUGUGUGCCUUUUCUUGAAUCUCUCGAGUUGUCGAGGAUUCUUACUUCUUACUUAAGUUUUGGCCCAUUGGGGUAUAGUAUCUUGUAAUUUUGUUUGCAUUAAGCCUAAGCUUUGCUUUGGCCUUAGUUUGUAGUUUCUUUUCGACUAUCCAUAAAUAAAAAAUAAAUAAAUAAGUAAAAAAUAAAUAUAAAAAAUAUACUAUAGUUUUGGAAUAUAUAUAUAUUGGUGUAGCCAAUCUCUCUAUCUCUCUUCGUAAGUACUUAUUCUUGAUUCAAUAAAGUAAUGUUAGGUUGGAGAGAAGCGUAAUUUUUCCUCCAAAUUGAGUUA